AAUGUAGUGAGUCAGUUUAGUACAAGUAGUAGUAAUGUAACGACCAUACAGCAGACUAUAAAAACUAACAUUACUAAUAAAGACUUAUCUCGACUAUGGUCAACUGAAACUGUUAAAGUAUCAUCAAUGCCUGGAAUACAGGUUUCACCUAGUCCAUUAGAAGAAGAAGAGGCAGAAGAAGAAGUCCAAGAAUUAGGUCAUGCAGAAACCUAUUUUGAAUACAUGCCUAGCAAAUUAAAAAUAGGAGAGAAACAUCCUGAUCCAGUAGUAGAGACUAGUUCACUAGCUAGUGUUGAACCUGUGAAUGUAAAAUAUAAAAUAGUUAUACCAGAAUCUACUAUUGAUAUGUGUCAACUAUCAGCUUUACAAUUAGAAGCUAUAACCUAUGCUUCACAACGUCAUGAAACUAUAUUACCUAGUGGUGAAAGAGCUGGCUUUCUUAUUGGUGAUGGAGCUGGUGUAGGAAAAGGAAGAACUAUAGCUGGUACUAUAUUUGAGAACUAUUUACAAGGUAGAAAGAGGGCUAUAUGGUUGAGUGUGUCCAAUGAUUUAAAAGUUGAUGCUGAAAGAGAUUUACGAGAUAUUGGGGCUGGCAAAAUAGAAGUUUAUGCUCUUAACAAAUUAAAGUAUGCCAAGAUAUCAGGUAAAGAAAAUGGUAGUAUCAAGAAAGGAGUUGUAUUUUCUACAUAUUCAUCUUUAAUAGGAGAAAGUCAGUCUGGUGGUAAAUAUAGAACUAGACUCAAACAGUUAUUAAAAUGGUGUGGUAAAGAUUUUGAUGGUUUGAUAGUAUUUGAUGAAUGUCAUAAAGCUAAGAAUCUGUGUCCAGUAGGUUCUAGUAAACCAACCAAAACUGGUAGAACAGUCUUGGAAUUACAGAACCAUCUACCAUUAGCUAGAGUGGUGUAUGCUAGUGCUACUGGAGCAUCAGAACCGAAAAACAUGGCCUACAUGACAAGACUGGGUAUAUGGGGACCUGGAACACCUUUUAAAGAAUUCAAUGAUUUUAUUCAAGCUGUAGAAAAGAGAGGUGUUGGUGCAAUGGAAUUGGUUGCCAUGGAUAUGAAGUUAAGAGGCAUGUAUAUAGCUAGACAAUUGAGUUUUAAAGGUGUCUCAUUUAAAAUAGAAGAGGUCACUAUUGAUAAUAGUUUUCAGAAGAUUUAUAACAAAGCUGUAGACUUGUGGGUUGAUGCCAGAGAAAAAUUCCAGAAAGCAGCAGAUUUAAUAGAUGCGGAACAUAGAUUACGGAAGUCCAUGUGGGGUCAAUUCUGGUCAGCACAUCAAAGAUUUUUUAAAUAUUUAUGUAUAUCAGCUAAAGUCAAUUAUUGUGUACAUAUUGCUAGAGAGGCUGUGAAAAAUGGCAAGUGUGUAGUAAUUGGUUUACAAUCUACUGGAGAAGCUAGAACUCUAGAACAGUUAGAAGAAAGUGGAGGAGAAUUAAAUGAUUUUGUCUCUACAGCCAAGGGUGUAUUUCAAACUCUAGUAGAAAAACAUUUCCCAGCCCCUGAUAGAAGGAAAACAUUUGAUAUGUUUGGUAUUGGUAGUUUAGUCAAGACAACAGAAGAGAAGCUCAAUAAUAAUAAAAGGAAGAAAGAUUUAAAUGGAGGUAGCAAUGCUAAGAGAAAGAAAGGUGAAAAUGGUUGUUCUGACUCCUCCUCAGAUGACUCAUCAGAUAAUAUGGAUUUAGAUCUUGGUGAGUCAUCAUCAGAAGAGUCAGAUGGAGUCAGCGAUAACUUCAAUCCAUUUGCCAAUGGUUCAGAUAGUGAUGAUGGUAAAAAGAAAAUCAAAGCUAAGAAACAUAAAAAGAAAAGUAAGAAAAAGAAGGAUGAGAGUGGAAGCGAUAUGGAUGAUGAAGAUGAAGAUUCAUUAUUUGAUAAAGCUCUAGCUAAAGCUGGUUUAUUGAAUAGAAAUAAUGAUGGUUUUACUCCCACCAAUCUUAAUCUUAGUAAUGGUAAGUCACCAAUCUUAAUCUUAGUAAUUGUAUGGGAAGAAGCUAUGACUAUGAAGAGUGAUUUACUACGUAAGAUGGAAGAAAUAGGAAAUACUUUACCAUCCAAUGCAUUAGAUCAGUUGAUAGAUGAACUUGGUGGUACAGAUUGUGUGGCUGAGAUGACUGGUAGAAAGGGUCGUAUUGUAUCUAAUGAAGAUGGUAGUAUUAAUUAUGAAUCAAGAAGUGAAACAGAUGUACCAUUAGAAAUAUUAAAUUUAACAGAAAAACAACGAUUUAUGGAUGGUGAAAAGGACAUAGCUGUGAUAUCAGAAGCUGCUAGUUCAGGUAUUUCAUUACAAGCUGAUAGAAGGGCAGUCAAUCAGAAAAAACGUGUUCAUAUUACUCUGGAGUUACCAUGGAGUGCUGAUAGAGCUAUACAACAGUUUGGUCGUACACAUAGAUCUAACCAGAUACAUGCCCCAGAAUAUAUCUUCUUAAUAUCAGAAUUAGCUGGAGAAAGAAGGUUUGCUUCUACUGUAGCUAAAAGACUGGAGAGUUUGGGUGCCUUAACACAUGGUGAUAGAAGAGCUACAGAGACUAGAGAUUUAAGUCGUUUUAAUAUUGAUAAUAAGUAUGGUAGAGCAGCUUUAGAUUCUGUUAUGAAAUCUGUAUUAGUUUUAAAUGGUGAAUUACCUCUAGUGCCUCCACCUUCUAAUUAUAGUGGUAACUUCUUCUCAGAUGUUAAAAAAGGAUUAGUAGGUGUAGGUAUGAUGUCUAUAGAUGAAAGAUCAGGUUAUGUUAAUCUUGAAAAAGACUAUAACAAUAUCAGCAAGUUUUUAAAUAGAAUAUUGGGUAUGGAUGUUGAGUUACAGAAUGGUUUAUUUAAAUAUUUUACUGAAACUUUAACAGCUAUUAUAUUAGAAGCCAAGAGAAAUGGUAGAUGGGAUAUGGGAAUUUUAGAUUUGGGAUCUGGUCAAGAAAAAGUAAGAAGGAUAGAAACUCAGUCUUUCCUGGGUAAUGAGGCGUAUAAUACAGCUAAAACUGAACUGACUACUUUUAUAGUAGAAAGAGGUAUGACAUGGUCAGCAGCAAUGGAUUUAUGGAGAAAAUGUUCCAGUACUGACGAAGGAUUUUAUGUAGCUAAUCAGGAUAGAAACAGUAAGAAAACAGCAGUAUUAGCAGUAUGUUGUGGUAAAAAUAAAAAGAAAGAAAAACUCUAUACUAUAUAUCGACCAAAUACUGGUCUACAAUCACGUAGUGAAACAUUAGAAGAAAUUAAACGCAAAUAUAAAAAGGUGUUACCAGAUCAGUGUCAGUUUUGGUGGGAAGAUCAGUAUUAUUUCUCAGCUAAAUCUUGUAUACAUUCUUACUGGAGAGGUAACUGUAAGAAAGUCAGUCUAGGUUUACCAUGUGAAAUAGGAUUAAGAACAAGAACCUAUCAUGUAUUAAGUGGUUCAGUAUUAAGUGUAUGGAGUAAAGUAGAGAGUGUAUUAGCUGCUAUGCCUGGUGGAACUAGUUCUAAAAUGCAGAUCAUCAGAUUACGUACUGAAGAUGGACAGAAGAUUGUUGGUAAUUUAAUUCCAGGUAAUUGUGUCAAACCAUUAAUUAAUAUAUUAUCACAGGGCUCAACUAAAGUUUAUACUUGUAAACAUGCCAUUCCAAUAGAAGAACCUGAUAAACUCAGUAUGCCUGUGUUUGUCUAA